AUGAAAAGUUAUUCUCUGAAUAAUAUAGAAAAUAAGAACAUCAGUAAUAUUUAUAAGCAAUUGACACAAAAUAACACUAAUAAAAAUAUAAAUUAUAUAAAUCAUAAUGAAGAAAAUAAUAUAAAAGAAGUGAAUAUGGAAGAUGAAAUUGUAAAUGAAGUAUUAAAAUUAAAAACAGAAUUGAAAAAUGUUUUAAUAGAAAAUAAAGAAUUAAAAAGAAAAUAUAAUGAAGAUACUGAAAAAUUAAAUUUAGUUGCAUUAAAAAAUGCUUCUGUGCUAAAUGAAUUAUCUGAUAAAAAAGAAAUGAUUCAAAUUGAAUAUAAUAAUUAUAAAAUUGAAUCAAUGAAAGAUAUAAAAAGAUUACAAGAUGAAUUAGAUAAAAAUGUAAUAAUGCUAAAUUGCUUAAAAGACGAAAUUUUAUAUAAAGAAGAAGAAUUGAAAAAAGCAGAGAUUAUUGAAAAACUUUAUAAACAGGAAACAGAAGUGAAUCAAGAAAAAGAUAUGAAAAUAAAAAAUUUAGAAAAAUUAUUAAAUGAAAAAAAACAUAUUAGUGAACAAGGGGAAGAAGGUGAAUCAAUUCAAGAAAAGAUUAAAGAAGUAGAAUUGAUAAAAACAGAAUUGGAAAAAAAGAAUAAUGAAUUAAAAGUUUUAAAAAAAAAAUAUGAAAAUCUAAAGAAAAUAAACAGAGAAAUAGAAAAGAAAAUAAAUUUUCUGAAAGAAGAAGUGGAUCAUUACAAGGAUAAUGAAAAUAGUUUUAUAAUGCAAAACAUUUUUAACGCAGAAAAUAAUUUAGAUGAAUCUAUUUGUAAAAAAAAUCUUAUGAAAAUAUGUGUCUUAUAUAAUGUAUUAUACAAAAUAGUUGUAUAUGAUCAAAGAAGCAUACUUGAAAAAGAAAAAAUUGUUUAUUCAUUAGAAAAAGAAAAUACCCAUUUUUUGAAAAAAUUUAUAACAGAUGAGGUUUAUUGUCAAUACUUAAAAGAUUGUAUUAGUAAAAUAAAUUUAACAUAUCAAAUAGAUCUUCAUAAGCAAGAAAAAAAAUAUAUGAUGUUAAAUUCAGAAUAUGACAUACUUUAUGAUAAAUUUCUUUACGAAAAAAACGAGAAUUGUUUGUUAAAUGAAAAAUAUGAAAAAAUAAUAUAUAAUCAAAAGAAAGAAAUAAAUAAUUUGAAAAUUCACAUAUCUACUCAAAACAAAGAUAAGGAAAUUUUAACAAAAUAUAUAGACAAUUAUAUAACAUAUAUAGAAAAUUCCUAUGAAAAAUAUUGCGUAUUAAAAAAUGAUUACAAAAAUUUAGAAGAAUUAGUUCGUGAUCUCGAAGAAAAAAAUAAAAAUUUAAUGAAUUUAGUUAAUGAAAUUAAUGAGGAUAAUAAAGAUACAAAUAAUUUAUAUGAAAAUAAUAAUAUAAGAAAAAAAAAUACUAUAACGUUAGAUAUUGAUCAUAUGAAAUUAAUUAAAAAUGAUAUCAAAGAUAAAGAUAUUAAAAUUAUAGAAUUGGAAAGUAAAAAUUUAGAGUUAUCUAAACAAAUAGAUAUAUUAAAUGAAGAGUUAUUACAAAAUAAAAAAAGUGAGUGCACAGAAAACGAAUCUAUGAAGCUAAAAGAAUUAUGUUAUGAUUUAAAAGAUAUUUGUUCGAAACUAGAGUUAGAAAUUAAAGAAAAAAACUAUAUAAUAGAUGAUCUUACCGAAAAAUUAAAUCAAUCAGAAAAAAAAAAUAAAGAUAACCAAGUAUUAUUAGAAUUAUCAGAAUUCAGAAUUCAAAAUUUUAAUGACAAUGUAAAAUAUUAUCAACAAAAGGUAAAUGAAUUAAGUGAAAAUAUACAGAAAAAAGAAGAAGAAAUAGCUAUUUUUCAAGAUUAUAAUGAGAGGUUAAAAGAUGAAAAAGAUAAAAUGGUUGACGAAAAUGAAAAAAUAAUAAAAGCAUUGGAGGAAAUACAAGAAGAGAAUGACAGCUUGAGAAAAGAAAGAAAUAUUAUAAGAAAUAAUAUACUUGAUAAUAGUGCAUUAUUAUUAGAUGAUGCAUAUUAUUUAAAUGAAAAUUCUUUUACUAAGAAUAAGGAAAUUGGUAAUAAAAUUUCAGAUAGUGAAUGCAUAGUAGGAAAAGGCAAUAUUUACAAGGAUAUUUUAAAAUUAAAGCAAACCAAAAAAAGGGUAGUUGAAGAAAAAAAUGAUUUAGAAGUUAAAAUUGAUAAACUAACAGAUGAAAAUAUUUUAUUAAUUAAAGAGAAUGAAGAAGUGUUUGAUAAAUUACAAAUGGUAUCGAAAGAAAAUGUAAAAUUGAAUAAUGAAUUAAUAUGUGCUAAAGCGGAUGCAGAAAAAUCUUUGUUUCAUUUAGAGUGUGAAAAAAAAGAAAAGUUAAAAUAUAAAUUAUUGUUAAAACAAAGAAAAAUAAAAAAUAAAAAAAUUAAAACUGCAUUUAACAAAAUGGUGAGUACAGUAAAGAAUUUAGUUAUAAACAUAAAAAAAAUUGACAAGGAGAAUAAAAAAAAUGAUAUUAAUAAUUCCUUUUUUAUUUCUUCUUCUUCUGAAGAUAAUGCUGAAGAAGAUUUAUCAGCAAAUGAUAAUUCUAAUACCCAAUUGUUUUUAUCAUCUGUUGCAAAAUCAAAAAGAAGCAAUAAUAAUACAAGUAUUGAUGGAAAAUAUAGUAUGCAAAGCAAGUCCACUAAAGUUCUUAAACUUUCUGAAGAUGCAAACCAUUUAAAAUUUAUUGAUAAGAAAAAAAAUAUUCAUAAAAAAAAAAAAAGAAAGAUUAUUUACAUGAAAAUAAGAAUGCACAGAUUUUCUAUAUGUGGUAAUUUUAAAAUUAAUUUAAAAAAAUAUAAAAAGGCAUACAAAGAACUAAGUAGUACUUUAUGUUUUUUAAAUGAAAAAAAAAAUGAUAACUUGAAUAUAUUAACAGCCCAAUCGAAAAAUAUAAAAACUCUUGAAACAUUUUAUUCUUUACCAAAUAGCACAGAUUCAAAAAUAAUAAAUCACGAAAAAAAAAAUAAAGAAGGAAAUGAUUUUUCUUUUUUUGAAACAGAAAAGUUGAUAAAUGACAUAAAUUACAUAAAAAGAAAAUAUGAAUCAAAAGUAAAAGAAACUUUAUCAAUGCAAAAGAAGGUAAUAGAUAAUGAAAAAGAAUUACAUAAUACUAAUAUAAAGUAUGAAAAAUUAUUAAAUGAGCACGACUCUUUAAUUUCAGAUAUAAAAGAAAGAACUGAAAACUUAUCAAAUAUUGAAAAAAAUUAUAACGUAUUAUUUAAAAAAUACAAUGAAACACAAGAUGAAAUAAAGAUGCAUGAACAAAAGACUCAAGAAAUUUUUAAUGAAUGUAACGAGUUGGUUGAAUACAUGAAAAAAAAAGAAAAUAAAAUAAAAGAAUUUGAUGAACAUUUAAAAAAAAUGGAAAUAAAAUAUAAAGAAGAAAAGGAAAAGACUGAUAUAUUAACAAAAGAUAAUAUUUCGUUAGAUAAUUUAAAUUCUAAAUACAAGGAAGAUAUAGAAUUAUAUAAAAAGAAAUGGGAUAGUAUGCAAACAGAAUUAAAACUAAGAUUGUCAAAAAUCGAAGAAUUGGAAUUAAUUCAAAAAAAUAUGGAAAAUGAAAUGUUUUAUCUUAAGUCAGCUACUUAUAAAAGUGAAAUGAAUUUAAAGGAAGCACAUGAUGAACUAAAUAGAACAAAUGAAGCAACGGUAAAGCUAAAAAAAGAAGUAAAUGAAGGAAAAAUGAAUAUAGAUAAAUUGAAAGAACAAAUUUUAAAAAGGGAUUACUUUUUAUAUAAUAUAAAUAAAUCUUAUAAAUCGAAAGAAUAUUUUUAUAAAAAUUUGAAGCAUAGAGUUCGAGGAUUCAAUAAAACAUUUGUAGAAAUGUGUGAAAAUUUUGAAAUGGGAGAAAUAAAAAAAUUUAAUCAACUUUAUGAAGAUUUUGAAUAUAAUGAUAAUGAUUAUAAAAAGAAUGUUUCAAAUUUUCUAAUGAAUAAAAAAGAAGGGUUUUUAGAUAAUGCAGAAGAAAUUGUGAAAACAGUAGAAUCUUUAGCAGAAUUUAAUUCAAAAUAUGAGGAGGAAAAAAAAGAAAUGAUAAAUAGAAUUAAAGAAUUAGAAAAUAAGUUAAAUAUAAAAAUGAAUGAAAAUAAUUUAUUAUUUGAACAAUAUGAAAAUAACUUAAAAAAUAUAUUAGUUGAAAGAGAUGAAAGAGUAGAAGAUUGCAUAAUUCUUUCAGAAGAUGUAAAGAAGAAAAAUAAUGAAAUACAAAAUUUAAUGAAAGAUUUAGAAGAAAAAAAUAUAGAAUUAAACGAAGUUAAUAUGAAAUGUACUUUUUUAAGUAAUGAAGUUCAAAGUUUAGAAAACACGAAAAAUAGUCUUAAAGAAAAAUUAAGAGAAAUUGAAACUAGUCUAGAUAAACAAAUAGAUAUUUUUAAAAAAGAGAAUGAUUAUUUAAAAGACGAUGUAUAUAAUUUAAGAAAUGUUAUUCAUAAUUUAGAUAAGGAAAUAAUUAAAUUAAAAGAUACAGUAGAUAAUCUAAACCAAGAAAAAUAUGAGUAUGAAAAAGAAAUAGAUAAAUUAAGAGAAAUAUUGGAAGAAGAGAAAAAGUUUAAUGAUAUACUAAAAGAAAAUGAAAAAAAUUUUAUAAAAGAAAUAAAAGAAGCACAUUUAUAUGCUGUAACAAAAGAAGAGGAAAUUAACACGUUAAAAUUAAAUUAUGAACUGGAACAAAAAAAAUAUAUAGAUGAAAUUGAUAAAUUAAAAAUAAAAAAUGAUGAAAUUAAUAAUUCAGUCAAAAGGAAAUUAAAGGCAGUUUCUGAUUUAGAAGCUCAAAUGCUUGAAUACAAAGUGCUAUUAGAUAAAAAUACUAGUAUGAAAAUGUUAGUUCAAGAUUUAGAAAAUAAAAUUGAUGAGUUAAUAAAAGAUAAUGAAAAAUUGAGUAUAGAUUUAAAAAAAGAAAAAAUAUUAGGUGAAGAAAAAGAGAAAAAUAUAGUAACAUUAAAUGAAGAUAUAAAAUUAUUCGAGAAAAAAAUACAUGAACAUGAUUCUAUGCUAUUAAAAUUAAAAGAUGAAAAAGAGCAAUUAAAUCAAGAAAUUAUAAUAUUAAAUGAUAUAAAAAAAAAUAAAGAUCACAUAAUAGAAGAAUUAGAAAAUAAUUUAAGAAGAGCAGUGUUUGGAGACAUUAAAAUAAAUGAAAUAGAAAAAACAAAAUUAGAACAUAAAAUAUUUACUGAGGAAGAUUUAGGCUUAAAAACGAAUGGAGAUAUAGAUUUCAAUGAUUUAGUUAAUUCCAAAUUAUGUAUUUUUAAUAAUAAUAAUAAUAACAUAAAUGUAAAAGAGUUAAAAAAAUAUAGCUUAUUUUUAAAAGAAGAAAACGACACAAUAAAACAAGAAUUAAGAAAAUUAAAAGAUAAAUCAUUAAUUGAUGAAAGAAAAAAUAUUGAAAUGGAAAGAACAAUAGAAAGGAGAGAUGAAAUUAUACGAAAAAUGAAUAGUGAAAUUAUAUCGUGUAACGAAAAAAUUAAAAAUUUACAAAAAGACACGAAUCAAAUAAACUCAGAAUUAUGUGCAGUAAAUGAAUUACUGGCCUUAAGGAGUGAUGAAUGUAAAGAAUUAUCUUUAGAAUUAUAUGAAUUAACUGAUGUUAAAAAUAAAUUGAUAAUAAAAAAUGAAGUUUUUCAAAAGCAAAUAGAAUUUUUUAAACAACAGAUUGAAGAAAAAUCAGAGUUGUUAAAUGAUUUAGAUAAAAAAAAAGCAGAAAAUGAUAAUAAGGAAUAUGAGAAAAACAAUAUAAUUAAAGAAUAUAAUAAAACUCUAAACUUCUAUUAUAAAAUAUGUUCUCAUAUUAUUUAUUAUAAAAAGUAUAUCGAAAAAGAAUUAAAUACAAAAGACCAUAUGGAAAAUGAAGAACUCAUUAAUUCAUUAAACUUGAGUCAUAUUAAUGAUUCAUUCAGUAAUGAAAUAACUAAUUUAAAAAUAAAUGAUACCAGUGAAAUAUCAGAUUACAUAAAUGAAUUUUUAAAAUGUGUGCGAUUAUUAAUAUUUAAAAAAAGAGUGUUUGAAUCAAAAUUAGAAAAUGCAGAAAAAAAAUAUAAUGAUUUUAAGGAAAAAUUAAAAGAAGAUAGAGAGUUAAUCAAUGAUUUAAAAAAAAAAUUAAGACAAAAUGAGGAAUAUAAUUUGAACAAUAAAAAUAAUUAUGAUAAUAACCAAUAUAAUACAUAUGUAAAUAAUAAAUCUCCACUUAAUUAUAAAGAAACGAGUUUUGAAAUAUUAAAAAGUAGUAAUAAGAGUGAAAUGAUAGAAGAAAAAAAUAACUUGUUUUUAAAAUAUGAAAAUGAAAAGUUAAUAGAAGAAAAUAAAUAUUUAAAUGAACAAAUACGUAAUUUAUAUAAUUUACAGAAUAAUGUAAAUGAAUUAAAAAAAAAGAAAGAAAAUAAUGAACAUGGUAAUGAACAAAAUGAUUACACAUUUGAAGCUGAAAACAAAUACUUAAAGUUGCAAAUAGAAACAGUAAAUAAUGAAUUAAAUAUAUGCAAAAAUAAAAAUGAAUAUUUAAAAAAAAAAAUAGUAAAUUAUGAAGAAAUAAUUGAUAAUUUACAAAAAGAGAUAAUAAAUAUCAUUGAUAAACAAAAAAAAUGCGAUGAAGAAUUUUAUAAAAUGGAAAAAGAAUUAGAAAAAAAAGAUAAAUACAUAGAAAAUUUGAUAAGAAAAAGAAAAGAGGAUAAAGAAAAUAUAGAGAUAGAAUAUUCUAAAAGUUUAAAAUUAGAGAAAGAGUUUUUAUCCUUGAAUGAUGAUAUAUUUAAAAAAGAAUCAAAAAUUAAAGAAUAUGAGGAAAUCAUUAAAAAAUUAAACGAAGAUGUAAAGGAACACAUAAAGGAAAAUGAACAAUUGAAAGAGUAUAUUGAAAAUAUGAAAACUAAAUAUGGAUCAUUUGAAAAUAAAUACAAUGAACUAUUUGAUGUAUUUGAAAAAGAGAAAAAAGGUAAAUCUGAAAUAAGAAAAAAAGAAGGGGAUUUAAUUGGAAAAUUAAAAAAUUAUGAUGAUAUUAUAACAAGUCUAUUAGAUGAAAAAGAAACAUUAUUGCAUAAAUAUGAUGAAUUAAAAAUGUUAUAUGAUGAAAAAUUAAAAAUUCAAUCUAUGUUGUAUCAAGAGAUAAAUGAGCUAAAAAAUAUUAACGAAAGCUUAAGUGAAAAAAAUAAUGCUUUAUCUGAAGACGUUAAAAAUUUAAUUAAAGAAAAUGAGCAGUAUAAUAUGAAAUUUUUAAAUUUGGAUAAAGAAAAACUUGAUUUAUUUAUGAAGUAUUUAAAAACCUCUGAAGAAUUAAAUAACAUUUCAUCAAGUUUACAUGAGAAGAGUUAUUCAAAAAAAGGCGAUGAUAAACUAAUGAAUUCAUUACUAUUAAUAGAAAAAGAAAUAAAAGAAAAAGAAAAAAAUCUGGAGAUGAAAUUAAAUAAUAUGGGCAAAUAUGAUGAUAAAAGUAAAAAUAAUAAGGAAGAAUUCCAUUUUGAUAAUCAGAAUAACAAAAAGGAAAUUGAAGAUAUAGAACAACAAAAGGAUAUUAUAAUUAAAGAAAUAAAAAAUGAAAUUAGUGAUUUAAAUAUUGAAAAUGAUUUACUAAAGAUAAAAAUUAAUGAAUUGGAAAAUUUGAAUAAAAAUAUAUUUAAUGAUAAUAAAGAAUUAAUCAAAAUAAUUUCUUCUUUGGAAAAUGACAAUAAAAAUGCAUCAGAUAAAAAUGAUAGCAAUCUGAAAAUUUUAGAAAUAGAAAACCAUAAUAAUUAUCAAAAUUUGAUGAAUGAGAACAAAUUAGAAAAAGAAGAAAAUGCAAAUUUAAAAUUAGAAAUUAAUAAUCUAAAAUGUAAAAUUAAUGAAUAUGAAAUUAUUAUGCAUAAAAAUUCUUAUUAUGAAGAAAGUAAUAAAAAAGCAAGAAAUUAUUUAUUCUAUUUAAAUGACAAAAUUAAAACUUUCAUAGAAAUAUUCAGUGAAAACAAUUUUAAUUAUGAAUUCUUUAAAACAGAACUAAACAAAUUAAAAUCAACUAAUUUAAUGAUUAUAGAAGAUAUUUUUGAAUGUAUUAAUGAUAUUUCACCAAAAAUAAAAUUCCCAAGUGAUCAUUCAAUAGAUGAUGAUAACAAUAGCACAAACUCAAAAAUAAUCAUAAAUUUUUUUUCAACAUAUAAUAAUGAAAAAUAUGAAAAUGAUAUUAUUAUAAAUAGAAUGGAAUUAAGAAGAUUUUAUAAAUGUAUUAUAAAGUUAAAAGAAGAAUAUAAAAAGAAAUGUAUAUUAGCAGAAAACCAAAAAAAUAUUAUUGAAGAAUUAAAUAAAGAAGUAUUUAAUUAUUCAAAACAAAAUAAAAAGUAUCAAGAAGAAGAAACAAAAUUGAAAAAUAGAAUUAAUGAAAUAAUUAAUGAAAACUCUAUGAACAUUGAGGAGUUCUCAAAAGUAAACGAUAGCUUAUUGAACAAACUUGAAGAAGAAGUAAAUAAAAACAAGAAAUUAUUAGAAGAAAUAAACACUCAAAAUAAGCAAAACAAGAUAUAUGAGGAAAAUCAAAUAAAAAUAGAAAGAUCCCUAAGUUUAAAAAAUAUUGAUAAUAGUAGUAUAAAGGAUGAAGAAAACAAUAAUAAUUUAAAAAAAAUUUCUAUUUUAUUAGAUGAAUAUAAGGAAUUAUUAGAAAGUAACUCUAAGUUAUUAGUAGCAAAUAAUAAAUUUAUAUCAGAAAAUGAUACGUUAAAAGAAGUCAUAACAAAUAUGGAUAAAAAAAUAAAUAAUUUAAUAGAUGAAUUAAAUGAAAAAAAUAUAGCAAUUAAUAAUAAAAAUUUUGAAAUAGAACAAAUGACUUUAUAUAAAUCAAAAAAUUCAGAAAAAGAAAUAAAAAAUAAUGUAAUGAGAGAAUAUGAGGAAAUAAUUUUAAUAAUUGAACAAAAAAAUAAUGAAUUAGAGAAUAACUGCGAAAAAUUAAAAGAAUUUAAUAAUGAAAUAAAUAGCAAUUAUAACAACUUAUUAAAUGAAUAUAAUUCAUUAAAAAAAUAUUUAAAAGAGAAAAAAUUAGAAGUUAGCAUUUCUGAUUUAAAAGAAAAUGAUAAUUCAGAAAAUAAAAUAAAUAAGGAAAAUAAUAAACAUGACACGGGAUCAUUUAAUAUGUUAGAAAACAAUGAUUCUAUAACAUUGAAUGAGCAUAUAAAUUCAAUUGAACUUUUAAAUAAUGAUUUCUUAAGGAACGAUAAACUUAAAAUAUAUAUAAAUCUACUAAAAAAGGAUAUUAGUAGCAUUCUGAAUGAUAAUUAUUACAAUGAAUUGAUUAAAAAAAUAAAAGAAAAGGAAAAUGAAGUAAAAAAUUAUGAAAUUGUUAUAAAUAAUAUGAAUCUAUGCUUGGAUGAUAAAGAAGAAGAAAUUAACAAUUUAAAGAAUAUUUACGAAAAAGAAUUAAAAAUGAAAGAAAAUUUACAAAAAAAACUUGAUGAAAGUAAGCAACAAAUAAAUCCUGAUGUCUUAUUACAAAAUGAAGAAAUGAUUUUGAAAAUGAAAAACGAUUAUGAAGCAUUAUUAAAUGAAUAUAAUAUAUCUUUAUACUCAUUAGAAGAAGCUAACAGAAAAUUAGAAAAGUUGGAAAGUGAAAAGAAAGAAAUUGAAAAAUCAAAAGAAAAGGAGAUAAAUGACAAAGAAUUGAUUUUAAAUAAACUUGAAGAAAAAGUGAAUGAAACUAAAAAAUGCCUAAAUGAAGAAUUGGAAUCAAAAGAAAAUAUAAUAAAAAAAAAAUUAGAAAUUAUUGAUAAAUUAAACAAUGAAGUUAAAUCUUUGAAUAAUGAAAAGUAUACAAAUGAUUCUUACAUCAAAGAAUUAGAACUAAAAAUAGCUAAUUUAAAUAAUGAAAUAAAUACACUAGAUAAGUUUUUAAAGGAUUCAAAGGAGGAAAUGAAUCUUAUAAAAAACUUACUGAAUGAAAAAGAAAAUGAAAUUGUUGAAUUGAAACAUAAAUUGAGUAAUUCUGUAUAUCAUGUACAUGAUAACAACAUAUAUGAAAAAAAACCAGAUGCAAAUAGUAGAAAUAUUGAUGAAUCAGAAAUACACAUACAAAAAGAAGAGGUAAUUUGCUAUGAAAGUGAAAUCGAUCAUUUAAAAAAAAAUAACCUUACUGAAAAUAAUAUGCAUUAUAAAAAAUUAAAUGAGUUAAGAACUCAAUUAAGAAAUUCGUUUACAAACUAUAAUAAAUUAAAAUUUGAUACUGAUAAAAAAAUUGAAGAAUAUGAAAAGGAGGCUAAAAAUUUAAAAUACUAUAUGAAUAGAAUAGAAGAAGAGAAUGAAAAAAAAGAUAAAAAAUAUGCAUUAAUUGAAAUAGCUAUACAAGAAAUGGAUAAAGAAAUAAAUAUUCUCAAAAAUGAUAUAGAAGAAAAAAGGUUGUAUAUAAAAGAUCUUGAAAAUAAUAUUGAAGAAAAUAAAAGAGAAAUGCAAACAUUAGAAGAUGAUAUAAAAAAAGUUGAACACGUAAUUAUGAAUUUUAUUGAAUCUAAAAGAAAUAAUAUUGAAGAAUUGGUAAAUGAAAUAAGUAAUGAAACAAAAACAGAAUAUUUAUCGUUUAUAAAAAAUAUAAUGAUUAAAAUGCAUCAGAAGUAUAUGAAUGAAGAUCUAAAAGAAGAGAUUAAUGGUAAUAAAUUCUUAAAAGAAAAAGAAAUCAUAACAACCUUAGAAGAAACAUUAAAUAAUAUGAUUUUAGAAAAAAAUAAUUAUGAAAAAGAAAUAAAUGAAAAAAAACAAGAAUUAAAUAUUUUGUAUGAUAAAAAAAAUUCUUAUAAUGAUGAAUUGAAUAAUCUAAUAAAUGAAUUUGUAAAUAAAAAAGAAGAAAUAAAUAAUAAAUUAAAUGAAAUUGAUAUGAGAGAAGAAAAUAUAAAACAUAAAGAAAAUGAAUUAAUGCUUAAAAAUGAAAAAUUUAUGAACCAAGAAAGAGAAUUAAUAAAAAGCAAAGAAGAACUGAUUAACAGAGAAAAUGAAUUAGUAAAAAAUAAGGAAGAGUUAAUAAAUAAAAAUAAUGAAUUAAUGAUUAAAAGAGAAGAAUUAAAUAAUGAUAAGAUGCAUAUGGAAGAGUUAAAAAAUGAUUUAAUGAUUAAAUUUGAAAAACUAUAUAGAGCACAAAAUGAUAUAAAAAUCAAAGAAACAAAAUUAAAAAAAAUUUAUGAAAAAUUAAAAGAUCAUAACAUAAUAGAAUUGUUGGAUAUUAAUAAUAAUGAAAGUGUAGCAAAUAAUUCAUCAAAUAAUAAUAUAAAUAAUUCUCUGUCUUUAAGAAAAAUAUCGGAAUAUGAUACUGAUAAUGAAAAUGAAAGUUUAAAUUUAGAUUCACUUGAAUAUACUACAUAUUUUAAGGAGUUUAAAAAAAGAAUUAAAAAUUUAAAAAGUGAUUUAAUAAAUCGUGAAAAAGAUUUAGAAAUAUAUAAGAAAACAUUUGAAAUUGAAAAAAAAGAAAAAGAAAUAUAUAAAAUAGAAUUAGAAAAAUUAAAAGAGUUAUUAAGCAUAGAACAAAUGAAUAAAAAAAAUAUUGACGAAGAACUAGCAAAAUAUAAAAGUGAUGAUACUAAUAUUUUAAAAUCCUUAAAAGAAUCAGAAGAAUUACUAAAUGAGAAAAAUAAUGAAAUAUUAGAAUUACAACAAAAAUUGAUUGAAUCUUCAUAUGAAAUAAACUUACUGGAUAAUAGUAAGAAUCUUUUACAAGAAAAAAACGAUGAUUACAAGAAAAAAAUAGAGAAUUUAAAUUCAAUAAUUAGAGAUUAUGAAAAAGAAAUAAAUGAAUUAAAUAAUGAAAAAUUAAGUAUUACUAAAAAAUCAAUAGAAAAAAUUAUAUAUGAUGGGGAAGAUAUUAAAAAAUUGAAAGAUGAUUUAGAUGAUGCUCAUGAAUUGAUAGUAAAUUUAAGAAAUAAAAAUGAGGAACUAUAUAAUAUAAAUAUAGAAUUGCAACAAACUAAUAAAGAUAUGAGAUGUGACAUUGAUAUCUUACUAGCAAAUAUAGAGGAUAUAAAUGAAGAAAAAACAAUUAAUGAAAAAAAAUUAAAAGAAGAUGAGAUCAAAUAUAAUGAACUAAAAAUUAUUUAUGAAGAAAAAGUAGAAGAAUGUAAGAAAAUUUUUAAUAUGUUAAGUUUAAAAAUGAAAAAAAAAUUAGCACUAGAAAAAGAGAAUGAUAGAAGAUUUGAAAACAACAAUAUUAAUAAUAGUAUUGUUAGUAUUUAUGAUAAAUCAGAUAUAAGUCAAGAUAAUGUUUUUCAUGCAUUGAAUGAAAAAAAUAUGAUUAUUGAAUCAUUAAAUGAUAAAAUUUCUCAUUAUAGUAAGGAAAACUUAAAAAAGCAAGAAGUUAUAGAUGAAUACAAAAAUAUAAUUGAUAAUAUUUCAAGUAAAAUUCAUAUAUUUGAAGAUAAUUUACAUUUUUUGAUACAGUUAAACGAAUUUAUAAAUGAAAACAAUUGCAGUUAUGAAAAUGUGUUACAAAUGUUGAAAGAUUCUAUAAUAUAUAAAAAAAUAUUGAAUAAAAUUUUUUACGAAAGCCAAUUGUAUAGUCAAAUUAUUUUAAUAAAAGAAAGUUUGUUUGAGGCAAUAAGUAAAGAUACAUCGUCCAUAAAAGAAACUUUAAAAUUAAGUCUAUUAAAAAAAAAAAAUUCUAAGAAGAUGGGGGAUACUAUAAAUAAUAACCAAUUAUACUAUAGUGAAAAUUUAAAUUCAUUUCACAAACAAAAUGAAGAGUUAAUAGACAAUUUAGAUAAUAUAUUAAAAAAGAUGGAAAACGAUUUUGAUAAUUUUGAAAACUCAUGCGUUGAAAUACAUAACUUUUAUAAGAAAAAAGACUGGAAUAAUUUAUAUAAUAAAUUAAAUGAAUUAGAAUAUCAUUAUAAAAAUAUCUUAAAUAAUGUUAUAAAUGAAAUUAAAAAGAUGAAUAAAAAUACAAAUAUUGAAAAGGAAGAAUUAAAAAAGAAGGUUAAAAUAUUAAAGAAAAAAAUUAAUUCUUUGUCCAACGAUUUUUAUAAAAACAUAGAAGAAUUAGAUAGACUAAACCAUCUUUUAACAAAAGAAUCUGAAAAAAAUGAAAUAUUAUUAAAAGAAAAUGAGAAGCUAAGUAUGUUAUAUAAGAAAUUGAAUGAUGAUUAUAAUGAUAAAAUAGUUAUUAUUCAAAAUAAUGAGUAUGAACUAAAAAAUUUGCAUGAGCAAUUAAUUGAAAAAAAUGAAACAAAAACAAAAACAGAAGAAAUAAACCAUUUUCUUAAAACGGACUUAAACUAUUUAAAUACUUCUUUAGAUAAAGCAACACAAAAUUUAAAUGAAUUAAACAAUGAAAAUAUAAAAAACAAAAUAAUAUUAAAAGAAUUAACAGAAGAAAACAUUUUUCUUAAAAAUGAGAUGCAUGAAAAAAACAAAGUUAUAGAAAAACUAGAAAACAAUUUAGAAUCAAGAAAUCAGAUAAUAAAUGAAUUAAAAGAAUUCAACGAAGUUUUAAUUAAAAAGGCAGAAAAUGAAAAUGAAAAUGAGGAUAAUAAACAUAAUAAAAACAUGUAUGAAGAUGACAAUAAAGGAAAAAUUAAUAAAAAUAAAAUAAGUAGCAUAUAUAAAGAAGUAUUUGCAAAUGAAACUUAUGAUAAAUUACAGAAGAAUGAGUUAAUGGUAAUAAUAAACAAAUUAGAAGAUGAUAAUGAUAUACUAAAAGAAGAAUUGAAAAUUUUAAAAAGCAAUUUUGGUAUUCUAAAAGAAAAGAAAAACGAAUUAGAAGAAAUUAUAAAUAGUAACGAUAUAGUAUUAAAUAAAAAAGAAAUAGAAUUAAAUGAUGUUAUAAUAGAAAAAGAAAAAAUAAUAGAAGAAUUAAAAAGAUAUAAAGUUAAAUGCAUACAAAUAAUAGAUAUAUGUUUUAAUAAAGACUUUAAUAUAGUUGAUAUAAGAGAAAAAAUAAUAGCAAUUUUUGAGAAUGAAGACGAAGAAAUAAUGGAUAUUAUAAAUUGCCAUAGAAGUAUGUUGUAUAGUAAUAAAGUAGAAAAAUCUAAUGAAUUACAAGAUGAUACAAUAAGUCUAGAUCAAGAUAAAGUUAUACAUAUUGAAGAAAUGAGUAAAAAAAAUGAAGAGUUGAUAAAAAAAAAUGAAGAAAUUUGGAAACUGAACAAAUAUAUAGAAGAUUUAAAUAGAGAAAUUACUAAUAAAGAUUAUAUAAUAAUUAAAAAUCAACAAGAUAUUGAAAAUAAAGAUGAUAUAUUAGAAAAAAAUAAAAAUUAUAUCCAUUUUUUAAAAGAUCAGAUAAAAUUAUUAUGUAAUAACAUUGAUGAAAAUAAUUUAUUUGAUAUAGAUAAUGUUAAAUUAUCACCUGUACUUAGAAGUAUUAUAAAAAGAAGUAGCUUUAAAAAUAAUUUAUAUAGUAAAGAUAAUGAAAAGGAAAAGAAAAAUUAUGAAGAUAAUAUGAGUGAAGAUAUAUUAAAAAAGAGUGAUGCUUUUGAUCAAAGUAAAAAAAGAUUAUCUGAUUAUACUAAUCAAGAGCAUUUUAAUUUUUAUGAUGAAAAUGAAGUAAAACUUGAAGAAAUGAAAUUAGAAAUAGAUGAAUUAAAUGAUAAGUUAAAAAAAGCGGAUUCACAAAUAAAAAUUCUAAAAAAAGAAAAUAAUGAAUUAAUAGAAAAAUCUGAAUUUUUAAAAGAUGAAUUAAAAAAUACUCAAGGUACCAAAAGACAUUUAAUGCUAUGUGAAAGUAGAUUAAAUAUAUUACAAAAGGAGUUAGAAGAUAAACAAAAAAAAUUAGAUGUACAAAAUAAAACAGUAGAUGAAUGCGUAAAUAUAUAUGUAGAAGAAAAUUCUGAAAAUUUUAAUAAAAUAUUAGAAUUAAAAAAAGAAAAUGAAAAAUAUAAAAUAGAAAUGAACAUUAUGAAUGAUGAAAUAUUUAAACUGAAAAAUGAAGUUCAAUCUUACAAGAAUGAUAUAAAGAAUUUAAGUUCAACUCUUGAUUUUUAUAAAUCUACACAUGAUGAGUUAAUGAAUGAAUUCAAUAAGGAAGAAUCACAUAAUGCGUAUUAUAUAAAAUUGUGUGAACAUUUAAAAAAAGAGAAUGAAAAUUUUAAGGAGCUUAUUAAAUCAGAAGAAGAAAAUAAAAAACAACUUUUAAAUAGUAUAAAUGAAAUAAGAAGUCAAUUAAAUAAUACUAUGAAAGAAAAUUAUGAAAUAACAUUAGAUUUAGAAUUUUUUCAAAUGCAAAAUAGCUUGUUAAAAAAUAGUUGCAAUUAUUAUAAAGAAAGAGAAACUAUCUUAAUAGACAAUAUAGAUGAAAAUAAUAAUAAUUUAAAAAUUAUAGAAAACUACAAUGAAGAAAAUUUAAAAGUAUUCAUAAAAAAAUUGAAAGAAGAAAUUCAAAAAUUGCAUGAUGAAGUGAAUAUGAAAUCGAAAACUAUUGUAUCUUUGAAAUAUCAAAUAAAAGAAUAUAAUUUUGAAGAAAUUUCUAAAAAUUGUCUAAAUUUACAAAAUAAUAAAGUUGAAGAAAUAAUAAAUAUAAAUAAUAUGACUUACAUUCAAAACAGUUUAUGUAUAUAUAUUAAUUUAUUUAAAAGUGUUUUAUUUAUUAUAAGUGAAAUUUUAUUUUUUACUGAUCCAACUAAUAGCUUGUAUUUUGAGAUAUUGACUCUUUUAAAAUUGAGAAAUGAAAAUGAAUCAGAAGCAGAAUUAGACACUAUGAUAAAAAGUUUUAAAUUUUCUAAAAUAGAUUGUGAUAAUAUUUUCCAAUCUGUUCUUAAAUCAAAACAUAUUUUAAGAGAAAAAUUGCAGCUCUUGCAAUUAAAAAUCAGCUAA